AUGCCCUUCCAAUCUCUGUCGACGUGUCCGACACUCGAUCUUCUCCACCCAGACAGCAGCCAUGGAUUCACAGUCCCGACAAAACGCAUCAAUGAUGGCGAUGAUGUCACUUUUUUCCUCGCAAGCAAGGCCUAUGCAGACAUCAUGACGUUCAUGUUCCAGCUCAACAUCUCCAUGAUCCCACGAAGAAUCACAAACGAAGAGCAAAGCAUUGAAUUCGUUAAAGAAUGGAGACUUCAAGACCUGGAUGUACCGCAUCCGCCUGUCGUGCAAAGCAUCGCCAAGCUACUUGACGUGCUGGGCGCCGUAGUCAAUGAAGCCCCACCAGAUACGGGACCAAGACGUUUUGGGAAUGUAGCGUUCAGGACGUGGUAUGACAUUGUUCGAGAACGUGUAUCAGAUCUGCUGGACCGAUAUCUACCUGCAGAGGUCCUGGCCUUCAAAUCAUCAUCUGAUGUCUCAGCGAAAGAUGAGCUCGAAGCCUACCUGCUAGGCAGUUUCGGCAGCUCACAGCGUCUUGACUAUGGCACUGGCCAUGAACUCUCCUUCCUCGCUUUUCUAGGGUGCUUGUGGAAACUCGGCGCCUUCCCAGAAUCCGAGGAUGGGGAUCAAGAGCGUGGCAUCGUUCUGGGCAUCAUCGAGCCCUACCUCGUCCUGAUCCGCCGCCUCAUCUUGACAUAUACACUCGAGCCUGCCGGGUCUCACGGAGUAUGGGGCCUCGACGAUCAUUUCUUUCUUUCAUACAUCUUCGGAAGUGCGCAGUUCUCGCCCUCAAUAUCCACUCUUGCAGACGUUACGACCGAGGGUUCGUUGCCAGAUGCACCAAAUCCUGCAGAUGUCGCGAAAGCAAAUGCUGUGGAGCGCGAGAGAAAGCGAAACAUGUACUUCAGCGCCAUUGGCUUCAUCUACGACGUCAAAACCGGCCCUUUCUGGGAGCACAGCCCCAUCUUGUACGAUAUCUCAGGUGUCAAAGCAGGUUGGGCGAAGAUCAACAAGGGCAUGAUAAAAAUGUACAACGCGGAAGUCCUCUCAAAAUUCCCGGUCGUCCAGCACUUCCCUUUCGGCUCCCUCUUCCCCUGGACACCAGAUCCAUCCGCAAUAACAAUCGAAGCCAGCGUGCACACAUCCAGCCAACCGAAAGCCGCAACACCAUCCUCCACAGCGCCAACAGCUCGCCCUCAGCCGGGCCUGCGCGAUCCCAUGGCCGACAUGUCAAGCGGCAUACCCUCCACAUCAGCGCCCUGGGCCAACUCACGCAGCAGCCCAUCUCUCCCUAUCACAUCUGCCCGCCACCCGCCACGCCUCGAACCUCUACCUCUGCGCGCCCAGCCAUCACCUCGGAACCCCAUGGCCAACCCCGCAAAUGGUAUGCCAGCCACGAGAGCGCCCUGGGAAUCCGGACGCAUCACUUCCUGCGUACUUGGACCGAGUGAACCCGAUUUGCCAACCCAAGCUCCGUGGGCGACUAGGACACCUAUUCCCCCCAGGACCAGUUCCUCGGUGCCAAGUGAAGCCAAUCCGCCUUUGUCUGCCCCUCCAAGCGAGCCUGGAAACGCAGCCUGGGCGCGCUCCGUGCCGCAUGCGCCGCUGAGUGAGGCGAGUAUGAAGGCGUUGAGGGAGAGGGGACGGGCGGGCAGUUUGGCACCUGACGCGGCGCCACUUAGGAAGGGAGGUGAGGUGGGUCUGGAAGAGGAUGCUAGGCAGGGGAAGGAUCAGUCAGAAAAUUAG